AUGUCCGCGUCAUAUAUGGCGGACGCGGACAUGUUGGGACAUUGUCCAAUGUCCGCGUCCGUCAUGUGUCCGUGCAUUAGAUUGUCAUCGGACAGUGUCCAUGUGAUUUGCGCCAGACACAGACAUAUUAGGGACAUUGUCCAACGUCCGUGUCCGCGGAUAAUCCAGCAUCUAAAAAAAUGUGUACAUUUCACGGAAAAAACGACACCAGAACAAAAGGAGGAAAUUUUCGGUCUAUCUAAGAACUCUGAAGCUUCCCAAACAAGGGAAAAACGACCAGUUCCAUCUAAUUCGUCAUAUGAUGCCACAUCCACAUCCUCAAGAUCUUCAGCCCGGAAGGUUAUUAUACGAUCGUCUUCCUAUGGACUCGACAAUUAUAUUGUUAGGUCCUUAUCACACCACGACAGGGAAAAAUUUAAAGUUCUCUUACUAAGAUUAACAGUAUCGUGUGGAUGGGCCUUACAUUGGGUUAAUACGCCUGAGGCAAAAGAAUUGUUUGAAUUUUUGAAUCCCCACCUUAAACUUCCCGAUCGUCGAGCUCUUGGCGGACAAAUUUUGGAGACAGCCGUUUCCCAAGAAGAUAAAGCAAUGCGGGAAGCACUUCGUGAAGAUCCAAUCGGUGUGACUCUGACGUUUGAUGGGUGGACAAAUGUGAAAAAUGAACAAUUAUUAGGGGUAAUGAUUAUUACUUCAGAAGGACGACCAUACGUGUGGAAAGCGACGGACAUUAGUACGGAAAGAGAAUCUCACGUGGAGGUAAUGGAAAAAACAAAAGCCAUGAUCGAUGAGCUAAAAAAUAUGGACGUACAGGUCUCCGCGGUUGUAACAGAUAGUGCCGGUCCUUAUGCAGCAUCCAGAUUAAGACUAACCCACAGAAAUAUUGUAUUCUUACCGUGUUUUGCCCACCAACUCAACCUAUGCGUCGGAGAAGUAUUCAAAGAAUCGACAGAUUUGAAAACUACAAUGAAUCAAGCAAUUCGGUUAGCUUCUUAUUUUAGGAAUGCGAAUAACAAAUACUUCAUCGCAAAACUACGGGACCAACAAAAAAUAACAUAUGAAAGGUAUUAUGGAAUAGCGGUUCCGGCAGAGACUCGGUGGAAUAGCUACUAUACGGUAACAACAAGUUUAUUGCGAACUCAACAAGCCUUGCAGAUUCUGGCGAUUAAUUUUCAACCCCCACAUACCCAAAGUCAACGACGAACUGGAGAGAACUUAACCAUUCAUCGUGAAAUCUUUGAAAUUAUCGACUCGGACGCAUUUUGGACAAAUUUGACGACAAUCACGGAAAUUUUGUAUCCCUAUUGCAAAAUGUUGAACAUUUUGCAACGCGACAAUGCAAGAUUAGUACAA